GAUCUUUUUGAAGACAGCAGCUUUGCUAGCUUUUCUAACGGCUACCACGCAGACAUCCGGUACUGAUCCGGGAUUUCUAACUCCAGCACAGGAAUAAAACACUCACCAAAAAUUCUUGCUGGGUGCUUCUUUCUUUCGUCAUCGAAGCAAAGAAGAAAAAAGCAAUCGAGUUGUCAUUAUCGUUGUUGCUGCUGUGCCAUCCAAUUGAAGACCUGGCAGCACUGUACCGGUUGCAGGCAUAGGAUCCAAUAUCUCCACUACCCAGUGGGAUCAUACGUUUGAGCGAAGAGUAUCCAAGCAGACAAGGAAAUUGGCAUUGAGGAGGUUGUUUGUUGGUCUUACCAAAUUGCUUGAGCAAAUUCCGAAGAAGAAUAGUAGAAGAAUCAGGCCCAUUAUCUUUCGACAAAGCAAGCUUUACAAUAACGACAAGACAAGAUGAUGGAACCCAACAACAACAUUGAACUCCCCAAUGUGGGUAGCAGCGGUAGCACUGUUCAGACGGACAUCGAUGACAGUACCAUUGGCACCACGGGCGCACCAGUCGAAUCGAGCAUGGACAUUGAACAGUCCGUACCGACCGUCGCCGAACUUACGGGAAAAUCCGAGUCGGAAGACAGCAAACGUCCCAAAUUCGUCGCCAUGUGCGCCCUCUACACCUUGCCCUUUUUGGUCGUCUUGGCCGUGGUCAUUAUUGUGGUCGUGGUCAGCAAAAACCAAGCCGCCGCCGCCAACGAUUUGCGCAACAUGGACGGCGAUGAGGCAUUCGAUUCCGUCGUCAACUAUUUGAGUCAACAUAAUGUCUCGCAAAUGGAGCAAUUGCGACGAGAUGGAACCUUUCAAAAUGUGGCAGCCACGUGGAUGGCCCACGGUGAUGCUCAUUCUCGGACCAUUCCCGAAGGAUCGCCGGCAUCCAAGGAAGGAUAUGACUUUAUUCAACGAUACAUCAUGGCAUUGUUCUAUUAUCAAAUGGGGGGCAAGCAUUGGAAGUACGAACUCAACUUUUUAAAGGCCGAAAAUACUUGUGGUUGGAAUAGUUGGGUGGUCAGGCCACAAAAUACCAUCCCCAUGGGAAUGAUCUGCAACAAUAAUGGACUCAUCUCGGCACUGGUAUUUGUCGGCGCCACGGUCAAGGGCACUUUCCCGUCGGAACUCUCCAAACUCACCACGUUGCGAAUCAUUGAAAUGGAUGUCAACUCCAUCUCGGGAUCCAUCCCAGAUUCCUUUCAUACUCUCACCAACUUGGAAAAUCUACAUCUCUCACACAAUGAAAUGAAGGGCACCUUGCCGGCAUUUAUGGGAAACUACAAGAGCCUCGUCUCCAUUGAUGUUUCCUUCAACGAAAUGGAUGGAACGCUCCCGCCCUCCUUGGGGACAUUGACAGAACUCAAGGGAGUGGCCGUAGAUCAUAAUCUCUUUACGGGAUAUCCGGGAUUCUGGCAGCAGCCACAGGUGGAAUAUCUCUUUUUGGAACAGAAUGCAUUUGACGGGUAUCUCGAGGAAACCAUGAUUACACGAUUGCCCAGUUUGAAAGUAUUCGAUAUCUCAGACAAUCAGUUCCGGGGAGCCAUUCCGCCCAAUCUGUUUUCGCUCAGUGCCUUGCAAGUAAUCGAUUUACAUGACAAUUCCUUCACGGGCUCCAUUCCAGCAGGGAUCCCCUCCAACACGGCGUUGCGCUUCUUGGCGUUACACAAGAAUGACCUCUCUGGCAAGAUUGGGGAAUCCAUCGGAAACCUCCAAUUCUUGAAUCAUUUGGAUGUCUCCAACAAUCGAUUGACGGGAUACACGGUCAAUCCUCAAACGGGUUUUGGAUUGCCUUCCCUAAAGCAUCUGACCUAUCUCUAUUUGGCAGCCAACAACUUUCCGGCGGGCCCCAUUCCCGAUUGGAUUCGCGACAUGACCAAGUUGCAAGAAUUGUCCCUCAAAGCGCUGCAAUUGGAUGGAACCAUCCCCACAUGGAUUGGAGAACUCAGUGGCAUGAUUCUGCUCGAUUUGGACGACAACAAUCUGCGAGGGAGUAUCCCCUCUUCGAUUGGCAACUUGAAAAGACUCCAGUUCUUGUUGUUGAACCGAAACGAACUGACUGAACAGGUCCCGGUGGAGUUGGGCGAUUUGAGCAUGUUGCGUGUUUUGUACAUUGACAACAAUGGGCUUCAAGGAAACAUGGAAAUGAUUUGCAAUCGAGGUGGAAGGUUCACGCCCAUCAUGGUGGCUGAUUGUGCCGGAACCACACCCGAAGUGGUAUGCGACUGUUGCAAACAGUGCUGCUCCGAUAGCGAAGUUUGCAAUGAUGACAACGUAGUGCCCAGCAAUGACCCGUUGUGGCAAUUUGGAUACGACCGUGUGUUCUACUCGUUUGGAAACUACACGGGCUUUUUCUAUGCAACGCCAUGAUUGAGCCCUCUGCUCUGCCGAGCCCUCAUGCAUUUUUACUACUAGCCAAGCACAAAGCAGAUUCAUUUUUUGCACUACAUAAUUCACUAGGGAAGACGGACACACCAACGAGUACGGGUAGUUAGGUUGUCGAUAGAGAUAGUUUUGUACCCCGAACCGGU